AUGGGAUCUAAACUAUCGUGUAUUUCUAAACAGAAUGAGGGGGAUGGGAAAAUACCCAAACAGAAGAAACCUAAGACACUGACAGAAAAGAAAGUAACCAGUGAGAAAGUUGCAGUCACAACGAAAGUCAUUGAAGAUAAACCUGAACCAGUUGAGACAGUAACAACAGAAGCAGCAGCAACAGCAGACUCUGUUAGCAAUCAUAUUGUACCAGUGGAGAGUGGAACUGUUGAAGAAACUGUUAAAUUACGUUCACAUAUAAGCAUAUUGGAACCAGCUCCAUUGAAUUACAAACUGCCUGAUCCAUUACCAUCGAUGUCAAUCAAUAUUUCAUCAGAUUGUAUUAAACCAAAUCUAGACAAAUCUAAAUUUGUCUCACAAUUAAUUAUUAAUAAAGCAACUCCAAUUGAUAGUCAUAUUGCUCAACCAGUUGAUUUAGAAGCUCGUGAAUUAGCUAAAGGUAUAGCUAAACCAGCUAAUUGGUCAGAUUUAUAUUGGGCAUUAAUUGGUAAACGUAAUCUACUCACUGAUGAAGUUAAAGUUAGAGCAUUAUUCUCAUGGUUAUGUUCAAUACCAGUUGGUGAAAUACCAUUUUUAACCUAUGAAGAAAUUCAACAAGCAGAAAAAGAUGGUGUACAAUAUGCUAAAGAGGCUUUAACCAAUAAAAGUUUAAAAUUGAAAUCGAUUCACCAGAAUAUAUUCUGA